AUAGUAAAGAAAAUUUUUCUUUACAAACAAAUAUGUGGGAUAAAUACAGUAUAAUAUUCCCCAAUAUAUGGAUUGCAUCAGCUUUUAAAGGAGCUACUGGUUCAUGCCAACAUAUUCCUACAAUUAUACAUCAUAUUAGUAAUCACGAGCGAUGGAUUCAGGAACUUAAUACACAUGUAAGCAAAAUCAAUAAAUUUCAGGGAACUGCUUUUACUGGAUGGUCAAGUAAUAAAAUCAAAGAUAUAGUAUCAGUAACAAUUCUCAGAUAUGAUCAUUAUGCAACAAUGUGUGAACUUCUACCAACCGCAAUUCCAUCAUUAGCAAUCUGUUUAAAAAUUUGGAUUCAAGGAUAUUCUGAACAAACCUAUGAGCAAGUUGCACAAAGUCUUGGUUACAAUGAUUAUCCUUUACAUGUAACACCACAGCCAAGACCUAUUCCAGUACCAAGUAAUUUAAAUUUCCCCGGUUGGCAGAUUGCAGUGGGCAUAGAAUCGUUUUUAAAUUAUAAAACUAAAUUUCAUGGACUUGUAAAUAGUGAGCAGUGUGAGAAGAACUUACUCAGGACUUACAGAAAUCGAAUAGAAACAUUGAGUACCAUUGUGGAAGAAUUGGAGAAUCAAAAUGAAAAAUUAAAGCAGAAAUUAAUGUAUUAUCACAACGUUUCAACAUCCGACGAAAUACCGCAUUUACAUUUGCGCAUUAAGCAAUUGAUGACAGAAAUUACAAGUUUAAAAAACAAGCUAAUGGAGGUGCACGAACUGAAAACCAUACUCGAAAAACAUCACAAGGAAAUCGUCGAUCAAUACAAGAUUAAAAUGACGGAACAUUUCAAGAAAAUGAAACAUCAGUUGGAAAAUGCACGAAGUGAAAAUGAGGAUUUGAAUAAUAAAAUCGCUGUAAUUGAAACGAAGUUACAAGAGUUGAACCGAGAAAAAAAAGAGUUUGUAAAAGUAAGCGAAGAACAGUGGCUUCAUAAGCUUGAAUGUACGAAAAUAGAAUACGAAAAAAUGUUGCAAGAAAAAGAGUUACAAAUAAAUUCGCGAGACGAAAUGGUUCGUCAAAAAGAGGUACAAUUGACCCAAAAGCUAAAUGAAAUCGAUUCUUUGUGCGAACAAAUAAAAGAGCUUCAGCAGUUGGUUGAAAUAAAAACUCAAGAUGAUGGAAAAUUACAAUCAAUGCUCAUAGAGCAGCAUAAAAGUAUAAUGGAAGAAUUAUCUAAAAUGAGAAAUAAUAUUGAGAUAGCUUCGCGUCAGCAAACCGAAACUCAUCAACAAGAGAAAGCGCUAUUAAAAAAAAACGUGAUGGCAAUACGAAAAAAUUGUCCAUAAAAUAUAAGAAGAGUAUGGGAAGAAUCUUUAUCAUUUUAUUCAAGUAUUUUUAAGGAUAAGAAUAACGAAUUCUUUUGUUAUUGAAUUCAGGAAAAAGUGCGCGCGCGUGUAAGCGCACAUGUGUACAUUUUCAUUUGAAUGUAAUUCUCACAUUAU